AUGUUGUCAGCUGCAUAUGAGUUUAAGGAUGUAUUUUCUAUGUAUGGAUUCAACGAUCGUCAAUUUACUUGGGUGCCAUCGCAUGAAGAUUGGGAUAAAGUCAAAUCUAUCUGUGAACUUUUGGGGGUCUUUAAUCGAGUAACCAAGAUUGUAUCUGAUAGUGACUAUCCAACAUCAAAUUUAUUCCUUCCUGAAAUUUGGCGAAUGAAAGAGGUUCUAAUUAAUAAAUGUGAUGAUGAAAAUGAUUACAUUAGAUCUAUGGCACGUCGAAUGAAAGCCAAGUUUGAUAAAUACUGGAGCGAGUGCAAUUUAUUGAUGGCAAUUGCAGCAAUUUUGGAUCCAAGGUUUAAGUUGGAACAGAAUCUUGCAAGCAAAGUUCAAGAAAACUCUUCAAGUAGUCGUUCAAUCUAUGCAGUUGAUGAUGAGGAGGGUGGUGUGGAAAUGUGGGAGUCUUUUCUCAAAAGUGCUGAAACAGUGCUUCAACCUGUGAAAUCAGAGUUAGAAAUGUAUCUUGAGGAGGGUGUAUAUAUACCUAACAAGAACAUUGAAUUUAAUGCCUUGGAUUGGUGGAAAGCGAAUACUCUCAAGUAUAAUGUUUUGUCUAAAGUGGCCAAAGAUAUUUUGUCAACACCGAUCACAACUAUAACUUCAGAGUCUACAUUCAGUGCCGGAGGAAGGGUUAUUAAUCCACAUCGAGCAUCAUUAUUAACUGAGACAGUUCAAAAGUUGUUAUGUGGGGCUGAUUGGGUCAGAUCAAUAUAUGGACUUAAAAAGAAGUGUGGGGAGAAUCAAGAUGAUGGGGAAAAUGAAAGGGAAGUGGAGAUAAUUUUGCCCGAGACAAUUUGA